CGUCACCAGGACAACGGGCGUCGCCGGCGCCGUGUGACUCCGGGCUGUGGGCGCGCUCGCGGCCAUGGUUUUCUCAAACAACGAUGAUGGCCUUAUCAACAAAAAGUUACCCAAGGAGCUGCUCUUAAGAAUAUUCUCCUUCUUGGACAUAGUAACUCUUUGUCGAUGUGCACAGAUUUCCAAGGCAUGGAACAUCUUAGCCCUGGAUGGAAGCAACUGGCAGAGAAUAGACCUUUUUAACUUCCAAACAGAUGUAGAGGGCCGAGUUGUGGAAAACAUCUCCAAGAGGUGCGGUGGCUUCCUCAGGAAACUCAGCUUGCGGGGUUGCAUCGGCGUUGGGGACUCCUCCUUGAAGACCUUUGCACAGAACUGCCGAAACAUUGAACAUUUAAACCUCAAUGGCUGCACAAAAAUCACUGACAGAGUGUGCCUGCCUUUUUCCAGCACGUGUUACAGCCUUAGCAGAUUCUGUUCCAAGCUGAAACACCUGGAUCUCACGUCCUGCGUGUCUGUCACCAACAGCUCCUUAAAGGGGAUCAGCGAUGGUUGCCGGAACCUGGAGUAUCUGAACCUCUCCUGGUGCGACCAGAUCACGAAGGAAGGCAUUGAGGCGCUGGUGCGGGGGUGCCGGGGCCUGAAAGCCCUUCUUCUGAGGGGUUGCACUCAGUUAGAGGACGAAGCUCUGAAACACAUUCAGCACCACUGCCACGAGCUCGUCAGUCUCAACCUGCAGUCCUGCUCACGCAUCACUGAUGAGGGCGUGGUGCAGCUCUGCAGGGGCUGCCACCGGCUGCAGGCCUUGUGCCUCUCUGGUUGUAGCAAUCUCACGGAUGCAUCUCUCACGGCCUUGGGCCUGAACUGCCCCAGACUGCAGAUUUUGGAGGCUGCUCGAUGCUCCCAUUUGACUGAUGCAGGCUUUACACUUCUAGCUCGGAACUGUCAUGAGCUGGAGAAGAUGGACCUUGAAGAAUGUGUCCUGAUCACUGACAGCACCCUCAUCCAGCUCUCCAUCCACUGUCCCAAGCUACAAGCCCUGAGUUUGUCACACUGUGAGCUCAUCACAGAUGAAGGGAUCCUACACUUGAGCAGCAGCACAUGUGGGCACGAGAGACUGCGGGUACUGGAGCUGGACAACUGCCUCCUUGUCACGGAUGCUUCACUGGAGCACCUGGAGAACUGCCGUGGCUUAGAGCGGCUGGAGCUGUACGACUGCCAGCAGGUCACCCGUGCAGGCAUCAAGCGCAUGCGGACUGUUCCCCCUUUUCCAUCUCCUUCCAGGCUCAGCUUCCUCAUGUCAAAGUCCAUGCCUACUUUGCUCCAGUCACCCCUCCACCAGCAGUGGCAGGAAGUGGACAUCGACUGUGCAGGUGCUGUGUCAUACUCUGACAGCAGCUCCUUAGGCCAAGGGCCCCAUCUUCCAGGUUAGACCAGUCUCCUGACUGCGCACCAUCACCCUGUCUCGACUCUCCACUGGGAAAGCAUUACAGGAAAGACUUCAGCACAGACUGCAGUAACUGGUGAUUCUAUUCACCUUAACCUUGUUGGGAUGCAGGCCAAUCAAAGCCUGUGUCAGUUACCAUAUGGCAAGAGUGGUGUGGUGCAGCCAAGACCACACAAGUAACCCGGAGCCCUUCAGCGGUGGAUACCCACCUAGGCACACAGCCCUACCCGGCUUUGUCAGCAUCCAACACAUAGACCUUCAGUGUUAGCACAACCAGAGCAGAGCAAAGAGCCUGUGGUUUUCUACCUGAUCCUUAAGCCGGUGGCCUACUUUAAUUCAUAAUGAUUCCUACUGAUUUGCAGAACUUUUCCGUUUUGAAGACUAAAUAGCACCUUUAUCAAUGUGACUGUACUGCAAACUCAGAAUGGCUGGUAGUUUCGUAUGUAGAAACGUGUGUGAAAGGCAUGUUAAUACAUUUCCAGAGAACACCAAAGAAUGAGGACUCUAAGCUGGGUGGGGCGUGAUCUUCACCCUUCUGUGUCAACUUGUCAUAUCCAAUUGUAGGGACCAAAACCUAAACAAAAGCAACCCACUUUGCAUUGCCCCAUUGGAAAUGAUAAGCUCUGCCAUGUGCUACAGCAUACAAUGCAUUUCUGUUAAAGGAAAAAAGCCAAUUAUGUCCACACUUCUCAAAAAAUUUGGGGGAACCUUGAAGAAACUCAGAAUUAAUAUAAUCAAGUAAAAAAUAAUGAAUGGGUGCAUGAGAAUGAAUUUUUUUCAAAUUUACUCUGAAUUUUUAGAGAUCAUACCAGAACUACAUUACUCGUUUGAGUUUUUCCAUGUGUGAAGCUUUAAAGUGUUGGCACCUUUUAAACUCCUAACAAGCCCUUACAGUGCUCACUAGAAUUAGUCAGAGACUUUACUGCUAUGAUGCUCAAGCUGGUAAAUCUGAGCAAAGCAGCUCUCCACAUACAGAUGUUUUUGUAUCACCUGAACUAGGGUAGGACACCCAGGCUUUUACUGUGGCUGCUGCCUGCUCUGUGCCGUUGCCAGUUACCGCCUUCAAUGUGACCUUAGGGGCUAAUGGUAACCGAACCUUCCUAGCAACCAUUCCCCAGCCAAAACUGCAAAUUGAGCUGUUUUUCUGUGUCUCUGUGGACAGUGUUACAGCAUCUGUACACAGUGCCUCAGCUGCAUUCUCAGUGGAAAGCAGAUAUACACAUAUACCCUGGAAAUUCAUCAGGAGAAUCCUUGUAAGCAUCAGCUUACUGUGAGUUCGACUACCUUGUUAGGACAUGUUCAGUAUUCCCAGGCUUGAAGACUAUAUGAAUAUCACAUCAGCUAUUAACUGUAUCGUGGGGGAGAUUAAGUAUGUACAAGACUUACUUCAGUGAUUCAUGAACUCAUUUCUGUUAAAUACCAGAGACAACCAUACAUUUUUUCUGAGCUAGCCUAUCAUAAUGUUGGACUUGAUUCACAACGACCAUAACUUCACUCGCAGACUAGAAGAACCUCUUGUCAGAAAGCCUGACUUGUCUUCUGUAGUAGGGACAGUUCCUAUAAUUACCUGUCUUGAGUUGCAUCACCUUUGUGGAAAUCAGCAGAAAA